AUGUUCGGAAGAUCUUUAUCACUUUCUCUCAGUGUCUUACUGGCUCUAGCUGUGCUUUCGAUGGUAUCGGCUGUGACAUACAAUUCAGAAUUCGCUUCAUGUACCACGACAUCUUAUGUACCUAACGGUGGUGCAGGAUCAGGCUCUUGGGAAAGUGCAACCGAUUGUGCGGCGUUUUGUUAUGCUCGAGAUACAACUUACAUCUAUUCAGCAUGGUUAUCGACUACUGGGGGAUGUUCAUGCGGUUCUAACACAUUCACCACUGAUGUCAUCGCCACGGGUAAUUCAGGAGGUUGUGGAUCUAACUACGAAGUCUCAAUCACACACACUACGUACGAUUUUUAUACUUGUACCAACAACUACCGAUUCGAUACGAUCGGGGCUCAAUCCAGCUCAACCGAUUUUUACGCAAUCUUCACUGCCUGUAGAAACUAUCCUUUAAUGGCCAUCUAUCCCACAACAGAAAACACUUAUCUUUAUGCUUGCGGUGACAACUAUGUCUCCACAGGUGCCACUACCACCUGUGCUUAUCAAGUUAACAGAAUUUACACCCAUCCUGCCGACGCGACUGCCUCGGGAUUAGCUCGAAGAUCUCUGAUCGAGAGACGCCGUCUGGCCGAACAGGAGACCAUGCAAGCUUAUUGGUGCCCCAAGAGCUUCACCCCAUGUCAGUUGGAGAAUGAUCCAGACAGCUACGAGUGCAUUGAUACCAAGAACGAUCUUGAAUCAUGUGGUGGAUGCUUGUAUGGUGCCUACAACCCACCUGGUCAUCCUAACACCACUGCUGCCGUAGGUACUGAUUGCUCUUCCCUUCGAGGUGUCGCUCUGGGCCAUUCUUCGUGUAUCGACGGUAGUUGUCAAUUCGACUGUAAGAAAGGCUGGGAGCUAGAUGGCGACGGUUGUGCUCGGACGAGAAAAUAA